AUGGGAAGAAAGAAAAAGAAGGUUGUCAAGCCGUGGUGCUGGUACUGCAACAGGGAAUUUGAUGACGACAAAAUUCUUAUUCAACAUCAAAAGGCCAAGCAUUUCAAGUGUCAUAUAUGUCAUAAAAAGUUGUACACAGGGCCGGGUUUGGCCAUUCACUGCAUGCAGGUUCAUAAAGAGUCUAUUGAACGGAUACCAAACUCUAUACCUGCUCGCGGAUCGACUGAGAUAGAAAUUUAUGGUAUGGAAGGAGUCCCCGAGGAGGAUCUGAAGUAUCACGAUUUGCAAAAGCUAGGAAAAAGCGAAGAACCACCGGAAAAGAGACCUCGAGAAGAAACUCCGUAUUUUCUUCCUGGUCCAUCUCCUUCGUUGUACCAAAUGGUUUCGGGAAUGAACGCAAUGCCAGGAGCAUCUCCUGGAGGCGUACCUCUUCCACCUCUUCCGGUGCCAGGUAAGAAUCCAUCAGUAGUGUUAUAUUAGAU